AUGACUCGCUAUCAAACUCACGCUCCACCACCCGUGGACAGCCCUUCCAAACAGCUCAUGCUAGAUCUCGUCAGAGAUCUUGAGCAAGUCCGGAUCUUCGACGAAGACCUCCGAAAGGUCCACGCCUAUGAACGGAAAUCAUACUAUGAGAACCUCGACAAGGUCGACCGCGACCGCGAGGCAAUCCACACAGCUGCCCUCGACGAAGUGGAGGCUGCACGUACCCGUGUUCGAGAGGAAGCUGUAACGACACUAAACGAUCACAUUCGCGCCGAGGAAGAGAAACGACUACAAGAGGAGGCCGCUCUUCGCAAGGAAAAGGAACGUGUCGAGCGCGAAAAGGCCGAGAAAGAACGUGUUCAACGAGAGGCGGCCGCGCGCGCCGAGGCCGAGCGCAAAGCCAAGGAGGAAGCUGCACAGAAGGCCAAGCAAGAGGCGGAAGCCAAGGCAGCUGAAGCCGAACGAGCACGCAAGGCUGCUCUUGAUGAAAAGCUGCGCAAAGAGCGAGAGCAAGCCGAUGCCACGAAACGCAAAGAGGCCGAAGAGGCCCAGAAAGCCAAGCAGGAAGCUGAACAGCUGGCUCAAACAAAGGAGCAAAAGAGCAUUGGGGCUGUAUCCUUGUCACCAGAAGAUAUUCAAAUUCACCAACGCUAUGUGGAACUACACAAGACCCUGAAGGAAAUGCGCAAGUGGCUCACUGGCAUGGCCAAGGGCGAGCCCGCUCUCAAGAAGGCCAUGGGAGACAUGCGUCGUUCGAUCAAGAAGUCCGUCGGACAACUUCGAAGUGGAACCGGUGCGAACAAGAACCAGAUCAACCAGAUCAAAGCAGACCUUCAAAACGCCUUGACUUUUACUCAACCGGAGGUGGACAUCGCCAAGUUUAUCGCCUUUCCGCCCCAAGAGCUGACAACCUCGGAGAAUAAAGCACCUGCUAUGUUGAUCUACGGACUGAACGUCUUCUCCAAGAGCAUGAUCUCUUCACUUCUCGCAGAAGCAGCGAUCAAACAGACACACGCGGAGCCUAUUGGAAUCAUCGCAGCUCAAAUCUUCUCUUUCGACAUCUUCACCUACAAGGGCCUCCACAUGUCCGAUAUCCUCUGGGCCAAAUACCGAGUCGUCUGCCCCGCGUUAUGGGGAUUCACCGGCAACGACAAGACCGAAGGCGGCCGCCGCGCCUUAGGCUGGUGGCGCUCUCCUGAUACCGACACCUGGAUCUCCGAACAAAACCACAUGGACCGCAUGACCGCCCUCGGUGCAGGAUAUGCUGCCAUCACCCUCCGCAAUUUCGGAAAGACGACCCGCCAAAAUCCCUUCCCCAACACCUUGUUCUGGGCCACAAUGAGCAAGAUUCUGGCCAUCCCUCCUGCAGAAUUGCAAGAGACACAGAUUGCCCUGCUAGCGGCUCUUCUCCGGUCAUCCGGAGAACGGAUUCUGGGCUUCUUCGGGCAAUUCGGCCUUGCUCUCAUGCACCAUGCGAUCAUUGAACUCCCUCGACAGAUCGAGCGAGAAAGCAUGGCACUCACGCAGUUGAGCACUCUGAAGGAACUCUACAUGCGGGAGAAGAACAUUCUCAUUUGA